AUGGGCGCUGGACAUCGUGCAGGACCACUGAAACAAUCAAAUAAGAGACAUAAAAAUGGUCGGCAUCGUACUAAAGGUGCAUUGGAUGCGGCUGUUGGAGGUAAAAUAAGUUGUAAAGCUGUAACAGGAAAACAGCGGUUUUUAGUUGGCAAAAAAGCUCGACGUCUCCAAGCUCAACAAUUACGUGAAAAUAAACGUGCUGCUUUAUUAUGUGGUGGUUAUGCCAUUUCUAAUAGCUAUCUUCAACAACCUCCGAUAUUUGUCACUGUCUUAUCGUUUGAUCAAAAUUAUACAGCGGAUGAACUUGUAGCGCUAUUAUGUUCCUGUGACGAAACUUCUUAUCGGAAAACGAGUUAUAAUGGUUGUUUAAAUCAUCUUUGCAUAAAACGACUUAAAGGUCGCUUUGUGUUUACCGCACCAGAUUGUUCAAACAUUAAUGAUGUACUUGAUUAUGUGAAAAUAUCCGAUGUCAUUACCUUCAUUUGGCCAUCUAAUGGUGAAAUUACCCCAGAACAUGAUAUUUUAAUGAGUACAUUAUUGGCACAUGGCUUAUCAGUUGCAGUGCACUUUGUACCAGGACUGCGUGCAACUGCAACUCCGAAACAAAAAGAAAUUAUACGCAAAAAUGUUACGAAAUUGAUCGCAAAUUGGAGCUUUGGUGAUAGUAAACUGAUGCCUUGCGAUAGCGAAAAUGAUGCUUUAGUCGCCCUACGUUUGCUUAGUACUAUGAAGAAGAAGCUAUCCUACAUGCAACGGAUUCGACCACAUGUAAUUGCUGAAAAUGUUGAAAAGAGUGAAAUUGAGGGAGAUUUAUGCACGCUGAAGGUUUCCGGACAUCUGAGGGGACCGCCGUUAAAUGUUAACGGUCUUGUUCACGUGCCAUGGUUGGGUGAUUUCCAGAUAAAACAAGUUGUCAUCGAAGAUGAUCCGUUUGCACCAGAUAAGAAGGUUUGGUUUGGUAUCAAAGCUUCAGGAUCUGUAUUUAAACCGGACGUGAAUCUGCAGGCAUCACUGGAAUCCGAAAUGAUUCCAGAUCCUAUGGAUGGAGAGCAGACAUGGCCGACUGAAGACGAAAUUGUGAAGGAAGCAUUUAAAACAAGGAAAAUAGUUAAAAAUGUACCUGUUGGCACAUCGGCAUAUCAAGCUGAGUGGAUUAUUAAUGAUGAAGAUGAGAUAUCAGACGAAGAGAUUGAGGAAGAACUGGAAGAAAAUAAUGACAUGAAAGAAGUAAUGGAUAGCGGGGAGUCGGAUAUUGAGAAUGAAAUGGAAAUGGAAAAAAUGAGUAUCAUAAGUGAUGCUGAAAGUUCGAUGGAUAUUAAAGACGAAGAAAUCAAUAUGGCAGAAGUGGAGAAAUACAGGGAAGCUCGUGAAAAUGAACAGUUCCCUGACGAAAUUGAUACACCAAUAGAUGUAGCAGCUAGAAUUCGUUUCCAAAGAUAUCGCUCUUUAAAAAGUUUCAGAACAUCUCCUUGGGAUCCGCUUGAAAAUCUUCCAAAAACAUAUUCUCGAAUUUUUAAAUUUUUGGAUUAUCGGCACUCCAAAAAAGUCGCGUUGUUGAAUAGUGCAACUGAAACUGAAUAUAGUCCACCGCGAGGCGCAUUCAUUUCUAUUUAUAUCUCCAAAGUACCCACUAAUUUAAUAGAUAUUUGGCCACGUAGUAAGCCAUUAAUAAUUUACGGAUUGCUAGCGCACGAACAGAAGAUGUCAGUUCUUAAUAUGGUGCUUAAAAGACAUCCAUCUUGUACUGUACCAAUAUCAAACAAACAAAAAUUGAUAUUUCAUGUGGGUUAUCGACAUUUUGAAGCAGAACCAAUCUUUUCACAACAUACAAAUGGUGAUAAAUUCAAGAUGGAGCGGUUCAUGCCGAACGAUGGCGCAUUUGUUGCUUCUGUAUUUGCACCAAUAAUAUUCGCGCCCGUUCCUGUACUAGUCUAUCGAUUAGAUAGACGAGGAAAUCAGCAACUUAUAGCAACGGGUGGUGUGCUAAAUGUUAAUCCGGAUCGAAUCAUUCUCAAACGCAUCAUUUUAUCUGGACAUCCGUUUAAAAUUAAUCGAAGAAGUGUCGUUGUACGGUAUAUGUUUUUCAAUCGCGAGGACAUUGAAUGGUUUAAACCUGUAGAAUUGCGCACUCCACGUGGUCGAAGAGGACACAUUAAGGAAGCGUUAGGUACGCAUGGACAUAUGAAAUGUGUAUUUGAUCAGCAGCUUAAUGCGAUGGAUACGGUGAUGAUGAGUCUUUACAAGCGAGUUUUCCCGAAAUGGACGUACAAACCUAUCAUGCUUCAUUCUUUGUGUGUGUCACCUAAGGAAUCUGAGAUGAUGGAAAUAUGA